UGCACAUCUGAUGCAUCGCCAGAGACUGACUUCAUUCCGACUCUCCUCUCACCUCUUUACUCGUCUUCACUCGAUCUCCGCCUCUAUUCGUGCAUUCCUUACCUCUGGAAUGACCUCUCCAAGCUCGACCAUCCCCUCCUCGCCGCUCGCUUCUGCUCUCUGAUCCGCAACCACCCCCAAUGCCGCCAGCCAAAUCCAAGGUGAACCACGACGACGCAAAGUCGGAGACCGCGAGCGUCAAAGACCGAAACGGCCACGCCCCCGGUCACGGCCACGGCCCCAAUAACCACCAGCCGAAUGGCAAGUCUCGCCGUGCUGGCAAUUCCGCCGGAUCGCAACCCCGAGAUGUCGCCGCCGUCAACGGCUCCUUAGCCUUGACAGCGCCAACGCCCACGACGCAGCCGGGCCAGACGCCUGGGUUGCAUUGGCAGUCCUUCGACCGAGAUGUCCUCCACGAUUACCGUCGCAAAUACCUCCUCUCCACCCCGACCGCCUUUGCAAACCCCUAUCACCACUGGGUGCUCUCGCGGCCGGGCAUCGGCCUGCGUUCGCCCACGAUGGCACGAAGACAACAGUACAGGCGACAGAGCAAGGAGAGCCUGACCAAAGCCGUCAGGAAGCACUUCAAUGCGCUCGGCGUCCAGGAGACGGAUAUUAUCGUCGACUUCGUGCACAAGGUCCGGAAUCCGGGCGUCGUGCGGGUGCGAAGAAAUAAAGAUGCACCGCAUUCGUCGCCGUUGCCGUAACAUUUAAGAGUAUAUACCCUGGAUAGAGACAUUAGUUUGGCGUCUGGAUUCUACUACCGCUGUACUGUUAUAGAUAGAUACCAUCGUGCUGCCGAGCUUGCUCCGGGUUCUGGCUCCGAAGCAACCCUCCUCCCCCCCCCUCCUCCCCCCUCACCAAUGUUCCUC